GUCGUCGCACAGCGAAUUUCGUUGCCGGGAAUAGAAGUCUACACUGCGUGCUGGUGUAAAACGUUUGUGAGAAACCUGCAAAAGUUCAAUAAAAUCACCGAGACAGCGCCUUGAUCGCCUCCCAUAUCUCACUGAUUAGUGCAAACAUGGGCAAAUCUGGACAGGAAGCUCGGCAGAGGAAAACAGCCGGCAAAAAUGGCUCGAAAACGACCAACACGAAAGAUGUGAACAAGAAUAACCGAGGCACCAGCAAAGCCAAGAGUGAUUCUUCAUCGGGACUCUGCCUCAAAGUGGUCAUUGGGGUUUUCGUCAUUGUGGCAAGCUUGGCUGCACUCUUUGGCUUUGGAGUCAUCAAAAUUGAACAGCUGCCUGGAAGUGAUAAGCUGCCACUUUUCAAAAAAUCUGCGGAAACGGUCAAUCUAACCCCUGAGCCGCAAACAGCUGACAAAGGUGCUGAACCUGCUCAAAAAGAACCAAAGAGAGAAGAACCCAAGAAGGAAGUACCCAAGAAGGAAGUACCCAAGAAAGAGGAGCCCAAGAGGGAGGAGCCCAAGAAAGAAGAAUCUAAAAGGGAAGAGCCAAGGAAAGAAGAGCCUAAGAAAGAAGCACCCAAGAAAGAAGAAUCCAAGAAGGAAGCACCCAAGAAAGAAGAUCCCAAAAAGGAAGCACACAAGAAAGAAGAAUCCAAAAGGGAAGCACCCAGGAAAGAAGAGCCUAAGAAAGAAGCACCCAAACGAGAAGAGCCCAAGAAAGAAGCACACAAACAAGAAGAGCCCAAGAAAGAAGCACCCAAGAAAGAAGAGCCCAAGAAGGAAACACCCAAGAAAGAAGCACCCAAGAAAGAAGAGUCCAAGAAGGAAACAUCUAAGAAAGAAGAGUCCAAGAAGGAAGCACCCAAGAAAGAAGAAUCCAAGAGGGAAGUACCCAGGAAAGAAGAGUCCAAGAAAGAAGCACCCAAACGAGAAGAGCCCAAGAAAGAAGUACACAAACAAGAAGAGCCUAAGAAAGAAGCACCCAAACAGGAGCAACCAAAAAAGGAGGCACCCAAACAACAAGUACUCAAGAAAGAAGAACCCAGGAAGGAAGUACCUAAGACAGGAGAGCCCAAGAAAGAAGCACUGAAACAAGAAGAGCUCAAGAAGGAAGCACCCAAACAAGAACAACCCAAGAAGGAAGCACCCAAACAAGAUGAACCCAAGAUUGAAGCACCUAAACAAGAUGAACCCAAGAAGGAAGUACCCAAACAAGAAGUGCCAAAGAAGGAAGCACCCAGACAGGAAGAACCCAAGAAGGAAGCACCCAAACAAGAAGACCCCAAGAAGGAAGCACCUAGAAAAGAAGUGCCCAAACAAGAGGAGCGCAAAAAGGAAAAUCUCAAUAAGGAAGAGCCCAAGACAGAAGCUCCCGAACAGGGAGAACCCGAGAAAGAACCAAAAGAAGAAUCAUCUUCAAAGGUAGAACCCCCGAAACCAGCUGCCAAGACAGAAUCAGCGUCAAAAUCAGAAGCAAGCAAAGAGCAUGCUAAACAAGCUGAGCCACCAAAAGUGGAGUCCAAACAAGAAGAACCCGUGAAAGAAGAGCCCAAAGAGGAAUUGACCAAAGAGACUCCUGACAAACCAAAGACAGAGGAGACAGAUGCUGGUGAUGCCUUUACUGCAGCUGACAUGAAAAUCGCGUCAGAACUUCACGAAGCUGAAGAACUGUUGGAGAAGAAGGAAAUUCAGAGGGCUCUUCGCAAGUUUGAGAAGCUCCUGGAGAAUCACUCGAAUAGCCCUCAUGCCCGAUAUGGCAGAGCUAGGUCGUUGGACAUGCUCUCAGAACAACGACGCAGUAAUGAGAUCCUGAAUGCGGCUACCAUUGCCUACGGGGAGGUUGUUAAUGCUCCAGGCUGCCCUCUGAUGCUGAAGAAAUUAGCCCUGUCUCGUCAGGCUGACCGACUCACCUUCCUCGGGAAGGCAUUGCAGGCAGCACGGGUCCUUCAGGAAGGUACCAUCUUGUUCCCUUCUGACAUCCAGCUCAAGAAGGACCUUGGCGUGGCACUCCUCAUUGCAGGGAAGAACAUUCGGGCCAAGCCCAUCUUCCAAGAGGUCCUGAAGCUCAGCCCCUCCGAUGGAUUUGCAAAGGUCCACAUGGGCUUCAUUCUGAAGGCAGAGAACAAUUUCAAGGAGGCUAUUCCAUUGCUGCGGGAGGGGAUAUCCUCGGGUGAGGAAGGCACCAACGAGGGGAAGUACUAUGUGCAUCUCGGAGACGCUCUUUUCAGAACGGGACAGUCGGACGAGGCAUACCAAGUCUAUGACCAAGGAGCCGAGAAGGGUCACUUCACCUCCCGUUACCAGCGGUCCAUCUACAAUGUGGACAAGCUGACCGCCAGGCCCUGGUGGACUGAUGAGCAGGCCAAGUACACAGAGGCCACCAAGAAAUUAGAGGACAACUGGGAGACGAUCCGGGAUGAAGGGCUGGCUCUCCUAGACAAGGAGACGGAAACGUUUGCUCCAGAAGAUGAGAAUCUUAGGAGUACUGGAGACUGGAAACAGUUUACUAUGUUCCAACAGGGUCGUAAGGUAGAUUCUAACUGCAAGAAAGCCCCAAAGACUUGUGCAUUAAUUCAGCCCAUUACUGAAUCCAGUGGCUGCAGACGAGGGCAGGUGAAGUUUUCGGUGAUGCACCCGGGCACCCAUGUUUGGCCACACUGUGGACCCACAAACUGCCGGCUACGGGCCCAUCUGGGCCUCGUCAUUCCUGAAGGGGUCAGGAUACGCGUUGCCAACGAGACACGGACGUGGCAAGAAGGCAAGCUCAUAAUCUUUGAUGACUCUUUCGAGCACGAGGUCUGGCAGGAGGCCAAGUCAGUCCGCCUUAUCCUCAUUGUCGACCUGUGGCAUCCAGAUCUGACGGAGAACCAGCGCCAGUAUCUGACUGCGAUUUAGCAGCGGUAAGGGGGUUGACUUUUCUGUGUCAUGAGUACCGAAAGCGCCCUCUGUUGGUCAAAUUGUGGCAGGUCCAUCAAUCUCCAUGUAAAACAAAAACCAGAUAGAUCAUUGGCUGUAGAAAGUGAAGUCACAGGGUCCCUCACUGCACAAACAAUAGAUUUGUGCAGAUUUUUUUCCAGGAUGGGAGUGAUCGAGUCUGGUUCCCUCUGCACAUUUCUAUGGGUGAUCAGAAACCAGGCCAUAGAUUCAAGUGUGAACCUAACAAGCCAUGCAGAUUUGUUAUACAGAAAUCAGUGAGUAUGUCUUGAAUAUACUUCACACUGUUAGAUACGCAUAAAUAGUCCCUUGUAGAAGGGUAUGUUGUUUUGUAAUAGUGCAAAGCGUAGUCCACUAUAUGGAGGUUUUCUCUAACUAACGACACUGUGUUUGGCUUCUUACUACUGACUGGUACUGCAGUAAUGCUAUGUGUGAUAAAUGAGCCUGUCACUCAGUUUUUCAAUCAACAGAGGGCACGAAAUGGUUGAUACAGCUUUUCUCCACCUAUUUUGUUUGUAAGGGUUAUUCCGACAUGUUCUAAGGGUAUUAACAAUUUUAUUUUGUUUUCUUUUUUUAUCAUUUACAAGACACAUUAGUCUUCGUUUAAGUAAAUUGGACGAAUUAAGUUGUGUAGAAGUCUGUGUCAUUUUUUAUAUUGGACAUAAGUGCCAACACCUGGUAUUGCUCUUGAAAGUGGCAAUAUCCUUUGCAAUUGUUUGCACUGUAUCAAGCGCUUUUUGUAAUUGUUAGUUAAGGAGAUAGCCAAUACAUUUUGAAUAAAUUCAAAAACGAGAGCCAGUCAAUCACUUUUUAUGCAUUAGAUAAAGAUUUUGUUUUAUACUCAAUGUACACAGUGGUAGCUGGACAUGUUAAGUUAGGAUUUGCUAUUGGAUGUGCAGCCUUUCCAGACACCCAUGGAUACCAGCAUAAAACUUGGUCGCCGUAUGCAUUCUUCAUAUACAAAGUAAUUCCUAAUAAGAUUUUGUUGCAUGCAUGUACAGUGUGAUUUUUUUUGUAUAUUCCAAAGUUUCAUAAUGUAAUUGUGCAAGUUUAUAUUUGUGGAGUUUUUCUUCAGUAUUUCUGAAUGGAUUUUGAUGUGAGCAGCUAGGCUCGUCAUCUACAUUCUGAGCAUUUAGUUGGUCUUGCGUGAAUUUUCACUUCGAAACAAAGCAGUAUUCUACAUUCAAUUUUUGUUUAUAUUUAAAAUGUAAGACCUGUAUUUCUUACUGCCAUCUUAGCCUACAGUUACUUGGUUGGGUCUUUAUUCCCCCCCCCCCCCCCGUUUAUCUGGAGGUGGAAGAGGUCUGUUUUCUUGCCAGCACCAAUAUGUCAAAGGAAACUUCUGCAAGUUUUUUGCUUAAGUUGUGAUUGUCUUCAGAGAGAGAUUCUGUAGUUAGUCUGCCCCAUACAACCGUACAAAGACAGAUGGCUACGUCUGAAGCAACGUCUUCUGGCUGGGAGUAAAACGGGGGUCAGUGGGAAGUUUUGUAGCUGUAACCAUAAUUGUUUGGAUAAGAGCCUGUAUAUAAACUCGUCUUUGCUUACCAGAAUAGUGGAAUGAUCUUAUUAUUAUAAAGCAUUUCUAGUAAUGAAACUGGAAGGCCUCAAAGCGCUUUGGGCACUGCAGCUCACAAGCCUGCAGAAACCUGUAGGGAGGAGACAAUGAGCAGUCACAGUUUUAGAGGGAGGAAAAAGCCGCAAAACUAUUUUGGCAGUAAAAUCCAUGGAAUUAAGUACAAGGACCGAAAUCCCAAUCCACAUGUGGAGUCUUCAUGGACUGAGCUGGGAAUCCCAAACCUCGGCCACAGGGGUGAGUGGUCAGGAAGAACAAAUUCUCUCAACCUGAUUCCCAUUAUGCAUCAGGGCAUGUAUUCUGAGAAGAGUGACUUAAAUCUCUCACUAAAUGCAUAAAUGUACGUAAUAAUUGUCAUAAUGUCUGGUUUGCCUCCUGUUAAGUGGUGAUUUUUUCCCUAACAUGUACCUGCAGCUGGAUUCGACUUAAAUUUCAUGUUACAGACUUUUAUACAUGUAUAUCUCAAAAUGUUCCAAACAUCUUCAUCUUAUGAGGUGCUUGUGUAAAUUCCCCUUAAUAAUCUGUCAAACUAAUUACAGCAUAUUGGUACUCGGUAAGCCCAAGAUCUAAGUAUUUGAACUUAUAUCAACACUGUCUUCCAUGAAGUACUCUUACAGAAAAUUUCGAAUUUCACUUA